CAGCCGUUUCCAACUGUCCUACCACCGCCACGUGUCGGUUUCUCUGAAGAGAAAAGCAACAUUCCGUGAAUUAUGAAGAUAGGGUGAGAUCCGCGGUGGAAACCGGAAAAGUAAAAUACUAACAGCAGAAGCAGAGACAGAGCAGUGUCGGAGUGAAACAUCCAUUCUUCUCGUGAUUCCCCAACAUUCUCUUAUUUUUUCAGCUCCACGCGCCCCUCCCACUCUCCCACGCGCUCCCUUCUUCCUCCAUUCUUAGGGUUUUCUUAUCUCUGAAUGUGGCUUCGCUCCCACAUUCACCCUCCUUAGCACAAUGUCAGGCCCACUCGACCGUUUCGCUAGACCUUGUUUUGAGGGGUUUUCAGGGAGUGAUGAGAAGAAGGAAAGGAGAUCUGAUUUUGAGAACUCCGAGGAUGAAAGGAGAACCAGAAUUGGAUCUCUCAAGAAGAAAGCGCUGAAUGCGUCUUCCAAGUUCAAGCAUUCGCUGAAAAAGAAGAGUAGUAGGAGAAAAAGCGAUGGUCGUGUUAGUUCUGUUUCCAUUGAGGAUGUUCGUGACGUUGAGGAGUUGCAGGCCGUUGAUGCCUUUCGCCAAUCCUUGAUUAUGGAUGAACUGCUUCCUGAAAAACACGACGAUUACCAUAUGAUGUUGAGGUUCCUGAAAGCGAGGAAGUUUGAUAUUGAAAAGGCAAAGCAUAUGUGGGCUGAUAUGCUACAAUGGAGGAAGGAGUUUGGCGCUGACACUAUUAUGGAGGAUUUUGAGUUCAAAGAAGUAAAUGAAGUUGUGAGGUAUUAUCCACAUGGUCAUCACGGUGUUGAUAAGGAGGGGAGACCUGUUUACAUUGAAAGACUUGGGAAGGUGGACCCAAACAAACUUAUGCAAGCUACGACCAUGGAUAGGUAUGUAAAGUACCAUGUACAGGAGUUUGAGAAAGCUUUUGCGAUAAAGUUUCCUGCUUGCACAAUUGCUGCUAAAAGGCACAUAGAUUCAAGCACCACAAUCUUAGAUGUUCAAGGCGUGGGCCUUAAGAACUUUACAAAGUCUGCCCGGGAUCUAAUUAUGCGAUUGCAAAAGAUUGACGGUGACAAUUACCCUGAGACUCUUUGCCAAAUGUUUAUUAUAAAUGCUGGCCCUGGGUUUAGGUUGCUCUGGAACACUGUCAAGUCUUUUCUUGAUCCCAAAACAACUUCAAAGAUUCAUGUUCUUGGAAACAAGUAUCAAAGCAAAUUGCUUGAAAUAAUUGAUGCCAGUGAGUUACCGGAAUUUCUGGGAGGUACCUGUACCUGCGCAGAUCAGGGUGGUUGCCUCAGAUCUGAUAAAGGGCCCUGGAAAAACCCUGAAAUAUUGAAGAUGAUUCUCAGUGGUGAAGCGCGACGGGCAAGGCAGGUAGUAAAAGUUUUAAAUAGUGAAGGAAAGGUUAUUGCAUAUGCCAAACCACGAUACCCAAUGGUAAAAGGAAGUGACACAUCCACAGCUGAAUCAGGGUCUGAAGCUGAAGAUAUAGCUUCUCCCAAAGCAAUGAAGAGUUACGCUCACAUGAGGUUGACGCCUGUUCGUGAGGAAGCUAAGGUAGUUGGAAAGUCAAGCUAUGCUGGUAGUUGUAACUUGGCUGGGUAUGAUGAAUACGUUCCAAUGGUGGACAAAGCUGUUGAUGCUGGCUGGAAGAAUCAAACAUCAUUCCAGAGGUCUCAAACUUCAAAAGGAACACCUUCCCUCCUUGACACUCCUAAAACUCCUGAAGGGAUUCGAGCUCGGGUCUGGGUAGCUCUGACUGUCUUCUUUUUGACCCUGUUCACUUUCUUCCGUUCAGUCGCAUGCCGUGUGACCAAGAAACUUCUUGCAGUAUCAUGUAACGGUUAUCAGAGCACUUCAGAACCAACCUUUGAUACAGCAAACAAUGAGAAACUUCCUUCCCCGACUCCAGCAUAUACAGAGGCAAAUCUCCUUUCCUCCAUGAUGAAGAGGUUAGGUGAGCUUGAAGAGAAGGUCAACACACUCCAAUCUAAGCCAUCUGAAAUGCCAUAUGAGAAAGAAGAAUUGCUAAAUGCUGCUGUUUGUCGGGUGGAUGCCUUGGAAGCAGAGCUAAUUGCAACUAAAAAGGCUCUUUAUGAGGCGUUAAUGAGGCAAGAAGAGCUGCUUGCUUACAUUGAUAGCCAAGAAGAAGCUAAGUUACGGAAGAAAUUUUGCUGGUGAGUUUUGUUGCUGAUAGACUCUCGAGGAGUUUUUUUGUUUUUUUCAAAAUUAUGGCAUUUCUAGGAAAGUUGAUCUUGCACAUGAUGUAAAAUCUGAACAGUGAUUUCUAGUUUACCGAGUAAACUAAAGAAUUGUUUCAAACUUGUGUAUAGCUAGAAUGGCUUCUUUGCUGGCUUAAAAAACACCUUUGUUUGUGGUGUAUAGCUAGAAUGCCUUCUUGUUUUUGCUCUCGCCGCUUUUAUUUGUAUUUGGUGUGAUUGUCUUUGUUGGCUGGAUAAGUCUUUGUACUUCUGAUCUCUCACAACUUGCAUUGAAAAUAUUAUUCUAU